AUGAAUGUCUUCGAUGAAGUUAUCAAUGCGACAGUUGUCAAUAACAGCGUCACAGGGCACUUCACGACGACUUUGCGGGAAGAGCUAAUAAUUACUCGCACAAAUUUGCUCUCUGUCCUCCACAAGGACAACGAGGGCCGACUGGUGCUUGCGUAUGAGUGGAAGCUAAGUGGGCGAGUCCACGGGCUGUCGCUUGUUCCGCAUAAGAGCGGGUUGGGGCGGUUGGCGGUGCUGACCGGGCGCGGGCGGGUGUCGAUCGUGCGUUUCGACGCAGAAAACCAGACGCUGGAGACAGAGAGUCUGCACUACUACGAUGCCAAGUUCGAGGAGCUGAGCGCUCUGACAGUGGGGGCCGCGCCGCGGCUGGAGCAGGAGCCGGCGGCGCGAUGCCUGUUGGUACACAACGGAGACUGCUUGGCCGUUCUGCCGCUGCGGGGCCACGAGGAGGAGGGAGAGGAGGCCGAAGAGGAAGAGGAGCAUCCUGCGAAGCGCGCGCGGACGGACGCGGAUGGGCGGCUAGUCGGAGCGAGCACGGUGAUGCCUGCGUCGCACCUGCAUUCGGACAUCAAGAACGUGAAGGACAUGCGCUUUCUGCGCGGGCUCAAUAAGUCCGCGGUCGGCGUUCUGUAUCAGCCCCAGUUGUCGUGGUGUGGCAACGAGAAGCUCACGCGGCAGACUAUGAAGUUUAUCAUUCUGUCGCUCGACCUGGACGACGAGAAGUCCACAGUGAUCAAUAUGCUUCAAGGCCUCCCCAACACGUUACACACGAUCAUCCCGCUUUCAAAUGGGUGUGUGCUGGCGGGUGUGAACGAGCUGCUGUAUGUCGACAAUACCGGUGCGCUGCAGGGUGCAAUCUCGUUGAACGCAUUCAGCAAUAGCGGACUCAAUACCAGAAUCCAGGAUAACUCGAAGCUCCAAGCAUUCUUUGAGCAGCCUUUAUGCUACUUUGCCACGCAGUCAAAUGGGCGCGAUAUUUUGCUGCUGAUGGAUGAGAAGGCCCGCAUGUACAAUGUAAUAAUAGAAGCGGAGGGUCGGCUGCUGACCACAUUCAACUGCGUGCAACUUCCUAUCGUGAAUGAGAUAUUUAAACGCAAUAUGAUGCCGACAUCUAUAUGUGGUAAUAUGAAUCUGGAGACCGGGUCGCUAUUUAUUGGUUUUCAGUCGGGAGAUGCGAUGCAUGUGCGUUUGAACAACUUGAAAUCGUCUCUCGAACACAAGGGCACCGUCUCUGAGACCUUGGAAACCGAUGAAGACUAUAUGGAGCUUUAUGGGAACAACGCUGAGAAAGAAAAGAAGAACCUAGAGACUGAAUCCCCGUUUGAUAUCGAGUGUCUUGAUAGAUUACUCAAUAUAGGGCCUGUAACCUCCUUGGCAGUGGGUAAAGCCUCCUCGAUUGAGCAUACAGUAGCCAAACUGGCUAAUCCAAAUAAGGAUGAACUUUCUAUAGUGGCGACAUCAGGUAACGGGACUGGGUCUCACCUGACUAUUUUAGAGAACACCAUUGUCCCGACAGUGCAACAAGCCCUGAAAUUCAUCUCUGUAACGCAAAUCUGGAAUCUCAAGAUAAAGGGAAAGGACAAGUACUUGGUCACGACGGACUCCUCGCAAACAAGGAGUGACAUUUAUUCUAUUGAUAGAGACUUUAAACCAUUUAAGGCGGCUGAUUUCCGGAAAAAUGACACCACUGUGAGCACCGCUGUCACUGGUGGAGGGAAGAGGAUUGUACAGGUAACUUCCAAAGGUGUGCAUCUUUUUGACAUUAAUUUUAAACGUAUGAUGACUAUGAACUUUGACUUUGAAGUUGUGCAUGUCUGUAUUAAAGACCCCUUCCUGUUGUUAACUAACUCCAAGGGUGACAUCAAGAUUUAUGAGCUCGAACCCAAGCAUAAGAAGAAGUUUGUUAAGACAGUUCUACCUGAUGCUUUAAAGGAGAUUAUUAUUACAUUUGGGGUAAUCUUGGAAAGUAAUAUGUGCAACAAAUAUAUUAAUGGUCUGGAAAAGUCCGAGGAACCCCAGCUAUUAUUCACUUUUGUUACAGCAGACAAUCAAAUUGUUUUCUUUACAAAAGAUCACAACGACCGUAUAUUCCAACUGAAUGGCAUUGAUGAUUUCCGACAGAAGCUUUUCAUUAGCACGUACCAACUGCCUGAGGAUAUUAACCCUGACCCCUCUAUUAAACAGGUGAUCAUCAGUAGAUUGGGACAUAAGCAUAAGCAGGAAUACUUGACUAUCCUAACAUUUGGAGGCGAGGUUUAUCUCUAUAGAAAAUGCAUUGAUAAUCCGGAUAGAUUUAUUAAGUGUGAUCAUGAACUAUUGAUAACUGGUGCACCAGAGAAUGCAUAUCCAAAGGGAGUUCAGGGAGUAGAGCGAGUCGCGCAUUACAUUGAAGAUUAUAACGGUUAUUCUGUUAUAUUCAUAACAGGAACUGUGCCUUACAUUAUAAUUAAAGAAGACAAUUCCGUUCCUCGCAUCUUCCCAUUCGCCAAUAUCACACUCGUGUCUAUGACCCGUUGGGGGGAGAACAGCGUAAUGUGCGUUGAUGAUGUUAAGAAUGCACGUAUUAUGACCCUUAAUCUUGAUCGGGACAGAUAUUAUGGUAAUAAAAUGUCAUUGGCAAAGAUAUAUCUAGAAGAUCCACUUGAAGACUUUCAAACACUUAAUAACAUAACUUACCAUGAACGCACACAAACAUUUAUCGUCUCAUAUGCCAAAUCUAUUGAUUAUGUUGCCUUAAGUGAAGAAGACGAGCCCUUGGUUGGUUACAAUCCAGAUAAGAUCCAUGCUAUGGGUUUCCAAUCAGGUAUCAUCCUCUUAUCCCCCAAAUCAUGGGAGAUAAUUGACAAAAUAGAAUAUGGCAAGAAUUCUCUAAUAAAUGAUAUGCGUACCAUGAUGAUUCAGCUAAACUCUAACACUAAGCGCAGACGUGAGUACCUCGUCGUGGGUAAUACAUAUGUCCGAGACGAGGAUAUUGGCGGUACGGGGUCUUUCUACCUGUAUGAUAUUACCGAGGUAGUUCCGGAACCCGGGAAGCCGGAUACCAAUUACAAAUUCAAAGAUAUUUUCCAAGAGGAUAUUAGAGGCACCGUCUCCACGGUCUGUGAGAUUAGUGGCAGAUUCAUGAUCAGCCAAAGCUCCAAGGCAAUGGUUAGAGAUAUCCAAGAAGAUAACUCGGUAGUACCAGUCGCGUUUUUGGAUAUGCCUGUCUUUAUUACCGAUGCUAAGAGUUUCGGUAAUUUAAUGAUUAUUGGUGAUUCCAUGCAGGGGUUUAGCUUCCUUGGGUUUGACGCAGAACCCUACAGGAUGCUAACCCUUGGCAAAAGUGUCUCCAAACUGGAAACUAUGUGUGUGGAGUUUCUCGUCAAUAAUGGAGACGUAUACUUUCUCGUUACAGACCGCAACAAUCUUAUGCACGUCCUCAAGUAUGCACCCGAUGAGCCCAAUUCCCUCUCCGGGCAGCGAUUGGUACACUGUACUAGUUUUAAUUUGCAUUCCACCAACACAUGCAUGCGGUUAAUCAAGAAAAAUGACGAAUUCGGGAAGGUUAGUCGUGGGUUUGGUAUUUACAUGCCGUCUUUCCAGUGCAUUGGAUCGCAGGCUGAUGGCACGAUCUUCAAAGUCGUCCCACUUAGCGAAGCCUCAUACAGAAGUCUUUACCUCAUUCAGCAGCAGCUCAUUGAUAAAGAGGUCCAACUUUGCGGCCUGAAUCCCCGCAUGGAGCGCCUAGAAAACCCAUUUUAUCAAAUGGGCCACAUUCUCAGGCCCAUGCUUGAUUUUACUGUUCUGAAGCGCUUUGCGACGCUGUCAAUUCCCACCCGUAUGACCAUGGCAAGUAAAGCAGGCCGGCAAGCUCAUGCUGAAAUCUGGCGUGAUCUAAUUGAUAUUGAAUAUUCUUUAACAUCUCUAAAUAAGAUCACCUAG